AUCACAAGUCUAACAUCUGAUGCUACCAACAACAUGAUAGAUGAAGAUUCUACUGUAACCUUCAACUGUUUAGUUGACAGUCUUCCAUCUUCAGUAAUAUCCUGGUCUAGAUCACAACAAGGGGGACAACUCUAUUCUGGUAGUCAAUAUACCAUAUCUAAAGCUAGUUGUCAACAUAUAGAUAACUAUACCUGUACAGCUAGUAAUAAUAUUGGUCAACCUGUAUCUAAAACUAUUCCACUCUUUGUUAAAUGUUCUCCAAGAGAAAACACAGUAACCAAGAGAAACAUCACCAAUAGAAUACAUACAACAAUAAAUCUAGAAGUUGAUAUAAUCGCCUACCCUCGACCAACCUUCACCUGGUACCAUACACCUACCAGACAGAUAAUAAAUACAGCUAGAACACAACAACUAUCAACUAUAAACUAUAAAUCAACAGUAGAGAUUACUCUAAACUCUACUCUAUUUGGUGAUUAUAUAGUAUCUGUAUACAAUGAUAUUGGUGUUCAGAACUUCACUAUUACAGUUAUUGAUGGAGAACCACCAAAGCCACCGGGCAAGAUGGAAAGUAAUAACAUACCUAUUAUAGUUGGAAGUGUUGUUGUUGUAUUGCUGGUAAUUGGUAUUAUUGUUGUGGUGAUAUGCUGUUGUAGGAAGGGAUACUGUUAUUGUUGUAGAAAGGGAUACUGUUAUUGUUGUAGAAAGGCAAAAAAAGACAGUUCCCAAGAUAAUGUUCAUUUAUCAAACAAAGAGAAGAAAAAGAAUGAGCUUGUUAUCGAUGACAAUUUAACAUAUGAGGGCAGCGAUCAUUUAUUUGGACCCCAAAAUGGAGCAGGAACUGGAAAAGGACAAACAGAUAACAUUCCCAUGUCAUCUAACGUAAAGACAGGAAAUGAUAAUAAAAUGGUUAUCGAUGAUAAUGUCUUGUAUGAAGGAAGUGAUCAUAUUUUUGGAUCUCAAAAUGGAACUGAAUCUGGAAAAAAUGUAGAAAGAGGAAUAUUUGGUCAAACAGCUUCAUCUGAAGUUAAAAGAAACAGCACUACAGGUGGCAAAUCAAAGAAAAGUAAAAAACCUCCAAAGAAACCAGAUCCUGAAGCUAUCUACACAGAGGUUAUUAAGAAAAAGACUGGUCAAGAUAAUAAAACUGCUAGUGCGGAGAGAGGAAAUUAUGAAAACUCUGAUGUCAAAGCGAAACCAACUAUCCAAAGGUAA